UCGGAAUUCAACCAAGAGUCUUGCAAGGGGCCGUGGAGGUUUUGUGUUGAGUCAUUGGACCGAGGGCUACAGAAGUUUGUUCUCCUCAGAGAGGACAGACUCCCGCUAGCCCAGGAGGCCUAAAUCAACAUAGUCUCUUGAUCAAGGAUGGAUAUCGGGAUAUCAGAAAGAUUGUCUUUCUCAAGUUGCCCACAAGUUCGGGCUCUGUAUGUAUAUUGGCGGACCCCGAUUUGAUGGACUCUGGACUUAAGAGGCCUGUUUGGCAAGCCUGGUGGAGUGAUGGAGAUGACAAUCGACCGACUAUCAGAACACACGUUCAGUUCAGCUGAUCUCAUCAGCUGGCUCAAAGCGACGUCUUCAGCUGGCAGCAGCUGGCUCAUGACAAUCCUUCCAUAGGUCAUCAUAGGUCCAUAGGCUGCCGCUUUUCGCCAUGCUUUCAAGGUCAUUCCCAAUCGCUUUUCGCUUGCAGCACAUUUGUCCCACCUUGCGGGAAAGGAGUUUGAGCUGCGUGAGCUCUUCGGUUGCGGAGCUUGGCAGUGCAUUGAAGACUGACGAGCUGCAACGCUUGGUGAAGGAGGCGCGAAUCCAUAGGAAACCCACGUGCGUGAGAGCUUCGAAGACUUCGAGAACCCUGGGCGAUGGUAAUGGCUCAUGGCCGUGCCAUGCUUGUGGGACUGUGAAACUAGUGGCAGACUUUGAUGUGAGGGCAAAUGGUAGUGUUUCAUCAUACUGCAAAAGCUGUCGCAAAAAGAAAUGCAUUGACUACAAACGCACUCUUCGUGGAAAUGCCAGUACUCUUGUUUGCAGUGCAAGGCACCGAGCAAAAGUGAAAGGUUGGGCUUGCAAUUUGGACAUCGACUUCAUCCUUGAUAAGAUUCUUCAUCAACAAGGAAGAUGCGCGUACUCGGGUGUUCAGAUGGAGAUGCUGCUGCCGCACUCAGACUGGCGUAUGUCGUUGGAAAGGCUAAACAAUGCUAUCGGGUAUGUUCAAGAGAACUGUGUGCUCAUUGCAGCGGAGUUUAACACAACUGAGACGAUCAGCAGAAGGGUCGCAAUGGAAGCCACGUCCGGAUCUUCCAAGUGGUCUCUGCAGAAGGUCAAAUAUUUCAGAACUGAACGGCUUUUCAAUGUGGACCUGCAAGUCUUGGAUAUGUUGAUUGAGGCUGCGAGUAUUCCAUAUCAAUCAAUUCAAUCACCGGCUGUUCUCACUCCCUCCGAAUGUCAACGUGAGGGGCUCUUCAACCACUUCAGAUGCUCAAAGUGUGGGUCCUGGAAGCCUGCCACUUAUUUUUCUCACAGCCGCCGCAGUAGGACCGGCCUCCGAAGUCAAUGCAAACAAUGCGAUUGCAAGUACAAUUUUGCCCGUCGGCUGACUCUACGUGGUCAUGCCCAAGAGCUGCUCAACCAUGCCCGUGGCAGGCACAAACUCGGCAAGUGGCGCGGCAACUUUGAACUUAACAUAGAUUCAGUGCUGGAAACUUUGCGGUCUCAGCGAGGGCGUUGCUUCUACUCCGAUGUCCCAUUGAGCUUUGCACAGCUCAAUGUUGAUUGGAUGAUGUCACUUGAACGACUGGACAACAGCUGGACCUACACCAGAGAGAACUCGGUGCUGGUGGCAUUGGAAUUCAACACGGCGGUUCAAAGCCGAACUGCAUCGGAGGUGUUUGGCUCUGGCCAAUGGUCGAGGAGGAAGGUGGAGCAUGUUUGGGGGAGUUUGGAAAAGUCCAGUCCCGUCGAGCUUUUGUGAUGCAAGAAGUGCUUGCUGGCUUGUUUGGAGACCAAUGGCAGGCGUUGGAUAUUGGCCAGACCUUGAGAGAAAUUCUGCACGACCUGAUAGUCACGCAUCCACCCUCCAAGUAAUCCUGUGACCUUGGAUCCACUGGCCUAGAUCACGUUGAUGACGUUUGGAGUUGUGGGGAGCUUGUAAAGAGCAGGGCCUGGUCAUUGGAGGUCAAAGUGCAUUGGCUGCAUUGGAGUUUGUGCGUGAAAGACUCUUGAGCUGGACCGAAUAGAUUCAACAGAUUCGACUUGGCGGG